AGUGUCUUGCAGCCCUUGCAGUACUCCUCUUUCGCCUUUGUGUCUGCAGGCGUGAAGAAGUAAUGACGAAAGGAGUUUCUUGGCCCGGAGGAUACGUUAAAUUUUUGGAUUUCUUUGGACAUCGGGGGAUGCCUGCAAACUGCCACUGACGGACCAGCAAUAUUUCUAUUUCUUACAUUUCCUCAUCCUUUCAUAGGCCUUAUAGGUGACCUUUCUGACCGUGCACUUUCUUAAUACUGUGAAACUAAAUCAUACUCUGGGGGUGUGUGGUAACUCUGGACCAUGCUCUCCCUGUGGUUGUUUUUGCUCCCCUGCCUAAACUUUGUGCCUCAGGCCCUGUCUGAGAAAGGCCUGGAGUUGCCACAGUAUGACGGGAAAGACCGUGUUCUUGAUAUCAAUGACAAGAACUACAAGAAAGCUUUAAAGCAGCACAGCAUGCUCUGCCUGUUCUACCAUGAGCCCAUAGCAGACAGCAAGGAACUGCAAAAACAACACCAGAUGACUGAGUUGGUGCUGGAGCUUGUAGCUCAGGUUAUGGAGGGGAAGGACAUCGGGUUUGGAAUGGUUGACUCCCACAAAGACGCAAAGAUAGCAAAGAAACUGGGCUUAGAGGAAGAGGGGAGCAUGUAUGUUUUUAAGGCUGAUAGAGUGAUCGAGUUUGAUGGUUUGCUUUCUGCUAACACUCUGGCCGAGUUCUUGUUGGAUUUGUUGGAGGAACCAGUGGAAAUCAUAGGAAAUGCUCUGGAGCUGCGAGCUUUUGACAGGAUGGAGCAAGACAUACGUCUCAUUGGUUACUUCAAGAGCGAAGAGUCUGAGCACUAUGAAGCUUUUAAAGAAGCCGCUGAGCAGUUUCAGCCCUACAUCAAGUUUUUUGCAACAUUUGAGAAAUCUGUGGCCAAAGAGCUGAGUCUGAAGUUAAAUGAGGUAGACUUCUAUGAGCCCUUCAUGGAGGAGCCCAUGUCCAUCCCAGGCAAACCUCACUCUGAGGAGGAGCUGGUGGAAUUUAUAACUGAACACAGGCGACCAACACUCCGAAAGCUGCGUGCAGAAGAUAUGUUUGAGACCUGGGAGGAUGAUAUUGAGGGCAUUCACAUUGUGGCCUUUGCAGAAGAGGAGGAUCCUGAUGGUUAUGAAUUUUUGGAAAUCCUAAAAGAGGUGGCCAGAGACAACACUCACCUACCUGAGCUGAGCAUCGUCUGGAUUGAUCCCGAUGACUUUCCACUGUUGAUCCCCUACUGGGAGAAGACCUUCAAGGUGGAUCUGUUCAGACCACAGAUCGGAGUUGUUAAUGUUACUGAUGCAGACAGUGUGUGGAUGGAAAUGGAUGAUGAGGAGGAUCUGCCCACGGCUGAGGAGCUGGAGGACUGGAUUGAAGACGUGCUCUCUGGCAAAGUUAACACUGAGGAUGAUGAUGAUGACGAUGAUGAUGACGAUAAUGAAGAUAAUGAUGAAGAUGACGAUGAUGAAGAUGACGAUGAUAAUGAAGAUGAUAACGAGGAGGAAGAUGAUGAUGAUGAUGAGUAAUUUACAGUGUUAUCUGAGUAUCCACUGUUUCUUCUUCAGAGUGUCUAAUGUGGAUAUCAGCGCAUCAGCUUUAUGCUACAAUAAGUUAAUUUUUUAAAAAAGGUAAUUUUUGCACUUAAUGUGUGCCUGCUAUUAAUAUUAAAAAGAAAUAAUAUCCAUAAAUGUCAUUUUUGACUGAGAAGAUAACUUUCCCUGUGUCUGGGUUCUACGUGAGGAUCUUAGAAAAGAUUUUAGAAGAGACAAAGGAACAAAGGGGUGCAGGCUAAAAAACAAACACACAUAUAUACAGCAGGUGAAAUAAGUCCCAAACAAUCCACCCAACCCACAGAUGCAAUGAAAUCAAACCAUAGAUGUCCAUAAAUUAAGUUAUGUGUAGCAAUGAGUAAGGAAUUAUGGUAUUGCAAACAUAUUAUGUUAAUUAUGCCAAAAAUACACUUCACACGAAAGCAAAUUACAUGAAAUUUCCUUAUUCACAUACAAUAAUGCUACUAUUGUAUGUAAAUAUGUAUGGUUAACAAGUUUGUCAGACCACCUGUCAUAAAAGAACAAAUAUUUUGGAAAUAUCUCCCUCAAAAAAGUGAUUUAUUAGGCAGAUAACUGAUCAUAACUAAUAAUAAAGUUUUUAUAACCAAAUUUGAGCUGGUAAACGUCUCCUAGGAGAAUUUAAUCGAAUUUAAUCGCCAUUCAACCCAGUAAAACACAUUUUAGGAAAGUAAAGUAACUUUAAGUAACUGGAAAGUAAGUAACUCUAACUAAUCUGAUAUCUGAAUCAAAAAUAAUAACGUGCUUUAUGUUUUUUUUUCUGCUUUUAUGUAAAGCGGUACAAGAACAAUUGUAUUUUAGCAUUUCAAGUAUGAAGCUUGCAGACUCUGGUGGAUUAACCAUUACAGAAACCUUAAAAAAAUAUGUUUUGGUAAUUACCAACGCUGUUAAUUUAGGACAGCUGUGGCAUUAACCUUAACUGGGUGGUGGUCUAAUAAAUUUAAGCAUUUUUUACACAAAGAAUAUUAUAAAAAUAUACACAUCUUGCUGCAUAAUUAAUAUAAUAUGAAAUCAAAGUAACUGUAAGCCUUAGAUGCCACAUAAAGGAGCCAGAAGUAGUAGUAGCUUCCAUAACUACGUAACUGUAAAUGUAGUUAAAUCUUUUAAAACUUCACCACCGCACUUAUUAAUGAUCACUACAUGGAAGUAGAACAACAAUCAAACUCCCUGAAAACAUCAGUACAAAUAUUUAUUUGUUCAUUUUUAUUUUAUUUUAUUUUUUGUACAAAUGUGACUUUGACACCGCUGCAUUAAUGUUGAAUGUUAUGCUGUAUAAAAGGAGACGGGGGCAACUCACGACCUGUCGGCUGCAUCACAUUUGGACAUUUGGGAAAGCGAUCUCUGUGUUUUCUUCUUUUCUGUUUUACUCUGUUUCUUUCUCACACACAUAUGCUGAAACACACAAACUUGAAAAACCCCACAUGUAUGCCGAGCACAUCCUAAAUAUGUCAAACCGAGGCACGUGUGUAGUCGUACAAGAGAAGGUAUUUACAACCACCAACACCCCUAAAGAGUCCAAAACAAAACUACACCCUCUGUAAGCACAGUAACACUCUUGUAAAUAUAAAUUUACAACACAUCAAGCCUUAUAAGUAGAAAAAGUUUAAAAAAUACACAUCAAAUAUCCUCACUCAUUAACAGCCUAGAACAGUGUUCCAGUAGUUGUAGGCAGGUGGCAGUAGUGAGACACCCUGGUGUCCAAUACUGGCAGCACAAAUACUGAUACUGAGUUGAGUUGUUCACAAUAAGUUAUUACUCUUGUUUUUUUGAUUCCUGAAUGCUUGCAGCAAGAAAUAAUGCAAGAUUAAUUUUGGAGUGGGUGAUUUAAUUUGUACAUUAAGUACUUAAUCUUUUGAAAUUGCUUCAGAAAUCUGAUUUUAGGUAAUCCUUUAGGUUGUGUGUUGCGUUAAGCUCGUGGCUGAUUAUCGGACACUGGCCAACAAGAUUUACAUUACAUGGAGCGAUGAUAAUAAACCAAAUCGAGAUGAAAAUCAGGGCCAUAUGUUCUGAAAUAAUACAGCAGUGGGUAAAAUUUUAACUUGAAAUGUGAUUUCUAUAACCUGUCCAAAUAAUAUUCUGCUGGCUCACACAUCGGAUCAGCGCACACUGCACACACUUACACAUACAUAACAAGUAUUAAGAUAUGUUCCUUCCCUAAGUACUGACUGAACUGUCUGUAUGCAGUUGUAGUGUAAGUGGCGUUUAUUGAAGACUGCAACUGGCAAAAUCAAAAAUAAAUAAAUCUUUAAAUGCA